AGUCCUCAGGUUCCCGGGGCCCCGAAUAAAGCACCGCAUAAACCGGCACUCUGUUGGUUUGUGUUUCUUUUGGUUACGGGCAACAGUUUUCUGGCGACCCAGACUGGGGACUCCGGGGGUAGCUGGGGCGGCUCACGCGCUGAUCUACUCCACGCCGGCAACCAGGUGAUUUCUGGGGAGACAUCGACCCGUGCCCGACCCCGCGCCCGCCGGACAACCCAUCCAGACUCUCACAGCCCUCAGAGGAGCAUUGCAGUGGAAUCGACCUCUGCCCCUGGAGAAUCCAGUGCACGACAUUUCUCCGGGAGAUCAUGUCUACGUGAGAAACUGGUCGGUGGAGCCGCUGAAAGAAACAUGGGACGGUCCUCGCCAGGUGAUAAUGACGACCUACACCGCAGUAAAAGUCGAAGGAAUCGACAGCUGGAUCCAUUAUACUCGGGUCAAGAAAGUUCCAGUUUCGUGGUCGGUAGAACCUCUCUCACCCACAAGAAUGGUAUUUCGAGCCAACCAUUGAGGAUCAUAGUGUUCCUGGGGUUGAUAAGUUUAGCAGAAACCACCGUGAGAAUUGAGACCCCAGAUCCUUAUUUAUUUGUACCAGAACACACUGAUGUAAACUUAACUUGUCUAUUUUCAGAUGACCAGGGAGCUGAAUUAAGAGAUGUCCAUGUCAAGUGGAGAUGGAGAGAUCAAGACCAAAUCAUGACAGAAGGAGUGACAACAGUUUGGGAUGCUACACAACAAAAAGGUUACACCGUUCUGCAGGUACCCAAAGUGUACAAAGCUAUGGAAGAGACAUAUAUGUGUGUAGUUUGGAUUUGGGAAAGUUUUGAUUAUGGACAUAUAGAAAUACAGACAAUAAACACGACUCAGAAGACAGUGACCAAAGUGCGAGUUUUACCCACUAGGAAACAAUCAGACAUGUGGGAUGGUCCUCCUUUAAAAAUCAAUUGUACCUUCCAAUUUGAUGAUUGUCGAAAAUCAGUUAAAGUAAAGUGGUAG